AAAUAUAUAAAUUUUAUUUUAUUCUUAUUAUAGAUCUCUUAUAAAAACUCUAAUCGGAACUAAUUAAAAAGGAUGUCUCAGCAUGAUAAUGAGGUUGUCACGCUGGAGAAUAUCAAAGGAGCAGCUCAACAGCUUGAACAAUAUGUGCAUAAAACUCCUAUACUUACCAGUACUUUCAUGAAUGAUUUAGCUGGAAGAAAUUUAUAUUUUAAAUGUGAAAAUUUCCAGAAAACUGGAUCUUUCAAGAUUCGUGGCGCUAUGAAUGCCAUCUUGAGAUUAAAGAAGAAAUACGGAAAAGAUGUUGUUGUGGUUACUCAUUCAAGUGGAAAUCAUGGACAGGCAGUUGCAUAUGCAGCCUCUUUGCUUGGCCUUAGAAGCAUUAUAGUUGUACCUUCAAUUGCUCCACAAGUAAAAAAAGAUGCAAUAAAGGGAUAUGGCGCAGAAGUUGUAGAAUGCGAGCCUACAGCUGAGGCAAGGCAUGCCACAGCAAGAGAAAUAGUAGAAAGUCUUGAUGGAAAAGGGGAGUACGUUCCAAGUGGAGACCAUCCUGCGGUUAUGGAAGGAACCGGUAGUAUUGGAUUGGAAAUGAUAAACGAGAUACCGCAACUGGAUGCAGUUGUGGUGCCGAUUAGCAGUGGUGGUCUUCUGAGUGGUGUUUCAAUUGCUUGCAAACAGUUGAAACCUGAGAUGAAAGUUUUUGGAGCAGAGCCUGAGUUAGCUGAUGAUGCUUUGCGAUCACUGCGUGCUGGGAAAAGGAUCAUGUUAACAGAUUACCCAAAAACAAUAGCAGACGGACUUCGUAUGAGUGUCGGUGUUCACACGUGGCCUGUUUUGAAAGAAAACGUAGAAGAUAUUUUUACGGCAUCCGACGAGGAGUUAGUUCGUGCAAUGUUCUUGUUGUGGGAACGAAUGAAAAUAGUUGUCGAACCUUCAGGUUGUAUGGGACUUGCUGCUGUAUUAUCACAAAGAUUUAAAGCACUACCCCCUGAAGUAAAGAAUGUAGGGAUAGUUUUAUCAGGGGGUAAUUUAGAUUUAAAAAAUAUACCAUGGAUCACUCCCUCCUAAAACUUUAGUCAAUAGGGUAAAAAAUUGAACUUGAAUUGAAGUUUUAAAAAAAGCAUGAUUUUGACUUGGGAAAAGGGGGGGGGUGUUUGAGUAAUAUGUUUUUUGCUCUGAUUUUUAGCCCGCAAUAGUCAAACCUGAUAUAUUUUGUAGAUUUUAUUAUAUAACAUGUGUUAUUUUUAGCUUAAUGCAACGUAUUUUUAUUGAAGCUGACAUUUUUUGUCGUAACUAACUGUUACUCAUUAUCAGGUUGGUCACUAUAGCCGGCAACGCAUAUAAAAAAAGUUGUGAAAAACUUCUAGAAGAUAAUUUUCUCGAUCGUUUUAUGGUCCGUUUUUUUUGUCUUUGGUUUAUGGUAACCGUUAACGACUUUCUGUUUAUUCUCGAGGAUGUUUUUUCAUAUGCCAGAAACUUCUGAAAACUUUUGAAAUUUAAUUUUUAAAGAUUAGUUAUCACCCUGUUUAUGAAAAGCAUGUAGUGUCUAAUUUUAAAUCAGGGAAUUCGCUUGUCGCUUUUUGCAGCUAGCAUAUUUAGCUAACGGGAAUUUACCCACCGAAACAAAGUGGAUAAAAAAAUCUUCUUUGCUAUUUCGUCUGCCUUUAGCAUGCCUUGUUUUUGCGCACACACAUUACACGAUUAUUAUUAUUAUUAUUAUUAAUUAGAGAUGCCAAAGAAA